AAAAGAAGCAGAGCGCUUCGAGCUUACCAUGAGACCUGACUUGUACUAAUAUCGAAAGCUUCCUUGUAAUAUCCUCAUGUACUACAUAACCACUUCGUUAAUCUCGCAAUCGCAAUCGCAGUCGCAGUCGCGCUCGCAACAACAUCUUCCUCUGUGGCAGUCAUGGUCACCUGUCCUGUCUCACCCUCUUCUGUCUUUCCCCCUCUCAUCCGACAUCGGCUUUCCUUCUCUCUUCUCUCGGCUCGACUUUUUUCACUUUUUUCUCGCCUCUUUUUCGUAAGACGGCACCUCAAAUCCCGUCGCCAGCCCCGACAAUCGGAUUGUCCGGAACCCUCUCCGUCCCUUGGAGAAAAAGCAAGUCGGGGCAAACCCGACAGACUGGCAAAGUCCCAACCCAAAAAAAGAAGCACGUCUCAGGGCUCAGGAAUCAAAAAGGAAAAGCAAAGGGGACAAGGGACAAAGAAAAAGGUAAUCUUCCCGCGGGCUAUCCUGUUUUCCAUCUGGCUUCGUUCAAUCUCAUCUCCGCUCCGCUCCGGAGGUGUGGGAGGGGAGAGGGGUACGAAGCGGGGAUUGGAAGCGGGGGAGGAAGCGGAGAUUGACCUUUGAGCACAUGGCAGCGGAGGUAGGAUAUUAGACUAGGACGGCACAAGGGUCCCGAGUAAGGGGUAGUGACAAGGCUGAGGCUGAGGUUGAGGCUGAGGUUGUUC